AUGACAACUCCUGUAACAGAUUUCAACUUUACUUCCAAUGGGAAUUUCGAAGAAACUCCUUAUCCAGAUUUCACGCAAAUUUCUGCCGUUUGUAUUACUUUCAUAGUUGCAUACUUCAUAGUUAUGUUACUGGCUCUGGUAGGUAACGCAAUGGUAUUCUACGUGGUGGUCAGUAACAGGAAGAUGCACACCGUUGUCAAUUAUUAUAUUGUUAAUUUGUCAAUUUGUGACUUUAUGGUCGGAGGGUUUGUAUUGCCUGUUAAAUUAUUAGAACUGACGGCUCCUGCCAAUUGGGGUGCCAUGAAUGAUAAUUUAUGCACCGCUAUGUCCUAUUUACAGACAAUUUUUGUAUUUGCUAGCGUUUUGACAUUAGUCGCUACCUGUUUAGAAAGAUAUUCGGCAAUUGUUCAUCCUCUGCAUCAUCGUAAAUUACAAAGUAAAGCUAGAGCUAAGAAAAUUUUAUUAAUUGUUUGGUGUAUACCUUGCGUGGUUGCGAGUCCAUUUCUUUAUCCAUCAUUGGCAGAUUCAAAUGUGUUGAGCAGUUCUUACGGAACUAUCACAAGAUUGACCUGUUUCAUCACUUUAGAACCAAAAUUUCGACAAGGUUAUUAUACGUUUUUAUUUAUAUUUAUCUACCUUCUUCCUUUAAUAUUCAUUGGAGGAACGUGUUACCAAAUUGCAAGAUGUCUUCUUAAAGAGAUUGCUUUUCAUCGACAAGGUAGUCUUCGUCGUCAAGAAGCGUAUCGAAGAAAGGUGGCCAAAAUGGUAAUUAUUGUGGUGAUCGCCUUUGCAAUUUCUUGGACUCCAUAUUUCUUAGUUGCAAUUAUUACUCAAUAUCAACCUGUAAAUUUUUUAGAACGUGAAAACUUUUUUUUUACCAUGCUCUGUAUUAAUUUAUUUGCAUUCUUAAAUUCGUGUGUUAAUCCAUUUAUUUACGCUGCAAUGAGUUCGAGAUUCAGAAGUGGUUUUAGAAGAAUUUUAAUGUCUACGUGUUGUCGUGUAUCCGUAAAAUCUUUUCCUUGUAAUAAUAGAACAAGUAAGAGAUUGGGAUGUAGUCACCAUAUCAUCAUCAGUUGCGAUAAUACCAACGCAACGUCUUCUGAUAGUGGAUCACACAGCGAUAGUCUUCAACAAACUGCAUUACCAGCUGAAACAACACGAAAGAUAAAACAUUUCUUUAAUUUAGUUUCCAGAAAUAAAAAUGACAGAAAAAUAAAUAAAUCAAUCAGAAAAAUAGAAGAGAAUUAUUUCGAAUUUUCUCUGAAAAUUUUAUCAAAAUCUUCUUUAAAUGUGGAAUCUAAUGGGAUUAUUCCACGAAGUAAAUCUUUUCAUGACAGUUCAUCGCCUUCAAAUUCAUUCUUAAAUAAGAAUGUAAAAAGUAAAAGAUUACCGUCUUUGCCUGAUUUAUCCGCAUCUAGUUUACAUGAAACUUCAUAUUUAUAAAAGGAAUGGUAUUUUUACAGUAUUGUUUAUUCCUUUAUUGUAUGAAUAUUAAUGUUAACUGUAUGAAUGUUAAUAUUAUAAACUAUGUUCAACGCACAUUUACAAUCAUAU